AUGCUCCUGCGGCGACUCUACUCGUCGCUCUCGCAGCGUGCGGCGACGGCGCCAGCCGCCGCUUCCGCUGCCCCCAAGGCCCCCACCCGCGGCCACGGUCGCCGCGUCCGCGUCAAGACAACCAUGCGGGUCAAGCCGGCGGCGGCUCCUUCUCCGUCUACCUCUGGCUCGACCUCGGCUCAGCCUACCCACGGCCGUCGUCUCCAGCGCUCGUUCUUCUCGCGCCGCGACGCCGCUGCUUCCGCCGAGGGCUCCCUCCGUGCGGACAUGAACCUCGUGUCGUCUGAGCUCCCCCGCCCCGCCGCGCCCGGCUGGACUCCCGUCAACCUCUACCCUGCCCAGGCUGCUCUCCACCUCGGCUUCACUCCUCGCCACAUGCCCCUCCCCGUCCACAUUGGCACCCAGGGCUACAUGUCGGCCGACGCAGCUGUCCCGGGACUCUGGGAGCGCCCCGCUGCCCCCUCGCCUCUCGAGGCCAUGCCUGCCGUUGACGAGCUUGCCUCCUCGCUCGGCGAGCACCUCCGUGUGACCAAGGCGUUUGCUCACCCCGCUUUGGCUCACCACCUCGGCCCCCGCCCCACCACCUCGCUCCGUGCCCUCGACGUUGACGCCGACACCCGCCUCUCGACUCUCCUCGACGAGGCCCGUGCCGUGCACGUCGACGCCGCUUCGGCCAUCUGGGACCAGUCUCUCAAGCGCAUGGGCGCGGCCAACGUUGAGCCUACCCGCUCGGCUGCCGAGCAGGCCUCGAUUGACGACGCCGUCGCCAGCCUCGAGGGUCUCCUUGCCCGCCUCGAGCCCUCAGUGGCGGACGAGGUUGUCGAGAUGGACUCGGUCAGGCGUAAGAGGAAAAAGAGGAUGAACAAGCACAAGUACAAGAAGAGGAGAAAGGCGACCCGCGCCGAGCGCAAGCGUCUUGGCAAGUAG